UUCUGCCGAGCCGCUGCCUUUAAAGCUUUUCUGAUUGUUUGUUGAUCACGUGAUAUCAUAGAAGACGGCAUGUUUUUCAGAUCGACCAUCCAUCGUCUUGUCUGGCGCUCGAGAUGGUCAAGUGAAAGUAUGGGCUCUGGCAAGGCGGCACUGUUUAGCAACUUUUCAGACACACAACGGGCCGGUUAACGGCAUUUCCAUUGAUGUCGCCGCAGGCAAUAAUUUCGUGACUGUUGGUCAAGAUUGCACUAUAAAUCGAUGGAGACUACCGCAUACUUCAAACACUGUAGGUGGAGUCAUCUGCAAGCAAACGGAUACAAUAAAUCUUGACGGCGUUGCCCAUGCUGUCUCUCACCUGGCUAACUCCUCCGAGUUUGUCACCUGUGGUGAUGGCGUCACUGUGUGGGGAGCUCAAGGGAACAAAAGGAUACGAGAGUACGAUGUUGGACAUGACACCGUUCACACUAUACGUGCAAAUCCAAUUGAGGAAGCAGUUCUGGUGGGUGCAUGCAGUGAUCGCUCCAUAUUUGUGAUUGAUACACGACAGGCUGUACCAUUGACAAAGGUAUUUGUUUGUUGA